CACUCUUAACUGAUGCAUGGUUUAUUCAUUUGGUAUCCAGGCAACCGAAGUGCAUUCAUCGACGACGACUGUCACUACGAGACUCUACGCAUCCGCGCAGGCGCAGACAACCGGAAGAACCUUGACGACAAGAUGAUGCACAUGAUCCAGACCCUAACCGCAAGAGACAGGGCUAAGUUCAGAAUGUUUAUGCAGGAGUUGUAUGGGCCGGAUUUUGACAGGAUGCAACCGGGUGGGGAUCAAGAGGCCUUGGUGAAUAACUCUGAACGGCACUACGCCAAGCCGUAUGGACGGAGAGGAUCCGGUGCGGAUCUUAGCCAGUAUGACCCCUUGGACGCCAGUCAGCCUCCAUUCCUGGCUGAAAUGCUGGCCCAGCAGGCGACCAUCUCUUCUCCUGACGGAACACUUCGCACUAGACCCAGCACCUCUUCCACCGGCGCCCAUGCCAUCCCUGAAGAGGCCAAAAAGGACAAGAUAUUCAUUGCCCAAAACGAGCUGGAGCUGAAGCAGAGGGAAGAAGAGAAUAAAAUAUUCAAGGAUUUUGAAAACCGGAGGGAGUCCGAGAUAAAACGACUCGAGCGCGAGAUCCGGGGAGACUUGGAGCAUGCUGUGAAGAAUUUGUUGAAGGAAAUGGAUCGAGGCUACUUCACCGGCGACUUCAACAAGGAGAAGUACCAAAUUGAAGAGCACUUCAAAACGCUGAAGCAAGAUCGUCUGCAGGAUCUGCUCAGUGAUCUGUCUGCGCAGGAACGAGACCGUCUGUCCGGAAUGAUAGAUAAACAGAGCAGUGAAAUGCUGCAGCUCAUUUCUAAAAAGCACAAAUCUAUGGUACCACCACCCCGACCACCGACCACAAAGAAGGCGGAGUUGAUCGCAAAUUCAGCUUCCUUCGAGAACGUGGAUCAUCAGGCUAUUGAGGUUGCCAGCUGGGAUCAAAACAGCUUCACCGAGUUAGUCUUCUGGCUAGUGCGGAGCUGCAAAAAUGAGGUAGAAAAAGCACGUGCCAUAUUUCGCUGGAUCACCGUCAAAGACUUAAACAAGAUGUUGUUUUUUGGCAACAUUGAUCCCAGCAGCCCGUUUUUCUUAUUGCGGGGAAUAAAAUACGGACUGGAGAGCUAUCACGACUUGUUCAAGAGACUGUGCAGUUACGCCGGUCUUCACUGUCACGUCAUCCAAGGCUACUCCAAAAGUUUCGGCUACAAGCCAGGGAUGCCGAUUGCUGACGAACGAUUUCGGAACCAAUGGACCGUGGUUUACGUGGACGGCUCGUGGCGAUUCGUGGACACCCACUGGGGUGCGAGAAGAAUCAACAGCGGUCUCCGUGGCGGUGGCGGCGGAGGCGGGGAAGGCUCCAGCAGAAGUGAUCCAUCCAGAGGGUCCUACGCUGGGAUGGGCGCAGAGGACGACGCCGCCAAAUCCCAAGAAUGCAGCUACGAGUAUGACGACUUCUACUUUUUGACGGAUCCGGAAGAUUUCAUCCAUCAGCACUAUCCGGAUGACCCCAACUGGCAGCUAUUGGAGGAGCCCAUCACAAUGGAGGAUUUCGUACAGAUGCCGUUGCUCAAGUCGCAUUUUUUCCACUAUGGGCUCAGUCUGAGAUCACACCAGAGCGCUAUGGUUUCCACGGACACUGGAAAAGUCGACAUCGUCCUCGGCUGCGAGACCCCAGACCGCCUUUCCUUCACCACAAGACUGCAGUCGGAGGGGGAGAUCCUGGAUCGCUUUGCCAUCCACCACAUUGUAGAUAAUAAGAUCAUAUUUAAUGUAAACAUCCCCAGACGUGGUGAUCACACGCUGACGAUCUUCGCCAACGACUCCAGGUCAUCUUCCGAGGUCUACAACAGCAUUUGUAUAUUCGGCAUCCGUUGUGAUUACAUAGAGCCGGAUUCUAAAUUCAGAUUCCCUCUCCUUCCUCUUGGCGUUGGGUCACUUCCGGCUGCAAGUGCGCUGGGCCUCGAAUUGGAGAGCCACCAAGAGCCAUUCAUCGAAUCACGUGGUGAAUUAGUAAUUGACCUCGGUUUCGAAAAGCCAGUCAAGGUCAACCAUAAGCUUCUCUGUGGGAAUUACGAUUACCAUGACGACAAUUUUGACCGAUUCGCCUUUCAGCAGUAUCGAGAGAAAAUGGCCGUAUCCUACGUGAUACGUUUCCCCGAGCAGGGCUACUAUGCUUUUUCAAUCUACGCCGCAGAGCUGGAGGACUCGAACCCAACCAUGGACUGUCUGUACAGUUACCUUAUAUUCUGUCCCAAACAGCCAGAAUGCCCGCCUAAAGUCUCGCCUAAGGCCCUCACCCGUUGGAUGAAAUGCCGACUCCACGAACCAAUCUACGGUGACCUUAAAUUGAACAAGAACAUCAAGUUCAAGGUCGAAGUGCCGGGUGCAAAGAAAGUGGCCGUCAUUAUCAAAGGCAAGUGGUAUUACCUGAAGUCGACCAAUAGGGUGAUUUGGGAGGGAGCUGUCUUCACCGGCAAGGACCUCGACAUGGCGUAUGUGUUUGCUAAUUUUGAUGGGUUAAAUUUCCUUCCCUUGCUUGAAUAUACACUCAUGCGAUAACUUUGGUGAACUUGGACUGCACCGUUACGUACCUAUGACUCUGCGAUUAUGUGUUUGAAAUAUCUAUUCUGACUAUUCUGCGUGGGGUAUUCAAUAGAGGCAUUAAGACGCGCAGUAACUCUUUUAGGAGAACUUCAAUUAUUUGAAUGAUGUAAUGUUAUCGACCAUCUUUACAGGUUUCCACAUGGCCGACCAGGAGCCAAGUGAAAUUGAACAGAUACAUGUAGUAGCCUUUUUUCUUUCUGUUAGACACAUCAUAUCAACAAUUUUAAGCAAAAACUGCUGUGUGGGCGAAUUGAAUUGGGUCCUACGAGUCUUCUAGACAUCUUUUUUUAGAAUAUCUUGCAUUUGUAAACAUUCCUUCUCUGUGAUAAAUUCUGAAUUAAAUGUAAGUUUUGUCGCAAUUUUGGGCGUUCAUAAAAGGAAAGGGGGAAGGAAGAGAACGGGUGGGUAGGGUUUAAGUGACUUUUGCUGCUCACAACUUUAUAUAAAAAAGCAUAAUUUUCUUCAUGCUAGGAGGGAGGGGCAUUGUUGGGUGGGUGGUGGUAACAAUAUAUACGGGAGGGUAGGGUUAAAGGGACACAAUGGGCGUUAGUCCUUUAUAUAGCACAAAUGUGAUUUUCAUAGAAAAAAAUGCCCACUUUUUCUACAUAAGGUAGUUUAUGGAUAUACUUUAGGGAAAAUUGUCAAAUCUUCUUUAUUCUUUCUAUUAAAAGGUCUAGCGUGCAUUGUAUUCCUUUAAAUAUUGUGUCUAACCGAUCUCAUUUAUCCACUUGGUAUUAUAAGUAAUUUGUAAUUGCAUGCGGUAUACUUUGUCAUAUUUAUUAUCACAUAAAAAUUCAGUAAAAGUGAGAGAUCAUUAAUUAUAUUGAAUAAUACGCUAAAUAUGCAAUAUAGGCGUGGGAAUGAUUAAAUAAAA